CCAAGUGGGAUCCGCAUCUCUGACUCGAAUUCAAAAUGGAAGCGCGAAACGCCUCUCUUUCUCUCUCUCUCUCUCUCUGAUUGCGUGAUUUCUUCUUGGACUCACGCAACGAACACCCACAUCCCCAAGUUGUUUAAAGUUCCCUUUUCGAUUUUUGAAAUUUUGAAUUUCAACUCCGUUCUAAAUGCCCUUUUGACAUCGAUUUCUGUGUCCUCUUAAAUCUCUCAUUACUCUUCUUUGUUUUCUUAAAUCAGGCUUGCAUUCUUCGCGUUCUUUCGUUUUUGUUUUCGGAAAUGACGGGAAUCGAAGAUCGGCGUGUAAUCUCUUUCACCUAUGAAAAAUUUGCGUGUUUAUUGGGGUUUUCGCUGUUGCGUCUUUGAUUCGAUUGCAAGAACUUGCAGAUGAAGCAAUAGAGGAGGAAGAAGAAGAAAUCUGAGGACUCUACAAGGUUAAGAAUGAUGUUGAAAACUGGCUAAUUAGUAGUUUUCUUUUGAAGUCAUUAGGAAUAUAGAGGCAUUUCUUAAAUUUUUUGAAGAAGGGGAAGAUGAUGAAGACACAAGGAUAUGUAAAAGGAGGAAGAGCACCAACCAAGAUGAACGCACAACAGUUGGUUUUUGAGUUGAAACAGAAGGUGGUUCUUGCACUAAACAAGCUUGCAGAUCGAGACACUUACCAAAUUGGGUAUGAUGAGCUUGAAAAAACAGCUGAAUGCAUUGCUCCUGAUAUGAUCCCCCCUUUCUUGUCCUGUAUAUUGGACAUAGAUUCAGAACAGAAGAGCGCCGUUCGACAGGAAUGUAUUCGGCUAAUGGGGACUCUGGCAAAAUCCCAUGAAGGUCUUAUAAGGCCACACCUUCGUAGAAUUGUUGGUAGCAUUGUGAAGCGGCUUAAGGAUUCAGAUUCUGCUGUGAGGGAUGCUUGUGGGGAGACGUGUGGAGUUUUAGCUUCGAAAUUGAUUAGUGUUGGAGAUGAGAGUGAUGAAGUUUUUGUUACUCUUGUAAAACCAAUCUUUGAAGGCUUGGGAGAACAACAUAAGCAAAUGCAGACAGGUUCAGCAUUUUGCUUGGCAAGGAUUAUUGACAACACCCAGGAUCCACCGGUUUCGAUUUUGCAGCGGAUGUUGGCAAGAACUACAAAGCUACUUAAGAAUCCACACUUCAUGGGGAAGCCGGCUGUAAUUGAUUUGAACAGAAGUAUCAUACAGGCUGGGGGUGCUUCAAAUCGAAAUGUUCUCUCUGCUGCAAUGCUUGGCAUCCAAGAAGCUCUCAAGAAUAGUGAUUGGACAACUCGUAAAGCUGCUUCUGUUGCGUUAGGUGACAUUGCUACAAGCUGUGGGUCCUUCCUGGGGUCUUUUAAGGCUUCCUGCAUUCGGUCCCUUGAAUCAUGUCGAUUUGACAAGGUGAAACCAGUCAGGGAUAUUGUACUCCAGACCCUUCAAUAUUGGAAUAACGUUCAAGGGCCUGAUACUCCUGAACCUUCAGAAGCUGGAUCGUCAAUCAAAGAAAACCUUUGUGGGGGUGACUUCAGUGACGUUACUAGUUCUGUAGAACAUGGAAAGAAGGAUACUGCAAUUAGGAAAGUAGGUAUGGGCUCUACCGGAGGGAGGAUUCCACUAAACAUGAGGAAAACUUGUCCAAGAUAUUUGGAGAACACUCAGCAUUUUAAAGCAAAUGAUUGUCAUAUUGAAAUAGCUGUUCCACAAAAGCACAAUCAGUCAUUAUCAGGAUUUUACACCGAAGAAUCUGAAGGUAGUACAAUAACAAAGACAUUUCAAGGAGUGAGUACUGAUGCUACAGACAUGCAAGAUAUUGAAUAUGAUUAUGUCAGAAUGGAUGAAAAACAAGAAUGUUCCUCUGAAGACAGCAAUAUGCAUAAAUCAACAGACAGAAAUAAGCGGUUUGUUACCGAAGAGGCUACGAGCGAGGGGCAAAUAUACUCAACAAAGGUGACGGAUCGAAGAAGUCUCGAUUCCGUGGUCACAGAGUCUAGUUGUCAGGUUGUACAAGAAUGUGACUCGGAAAUUGCAAAUGAUAUGGUUUGCAUCCGAAAACAUCUCCUGGAAAUCGAAAACAAGCAGUCAAACUUGAUGGACUUAUUCAAGGAGUUCACUUCGGGCAUAAUGGAUAGCUUGUCAGUCAUACAAUCAAGGGUGGUUGGUUUAGAACAUGUUGUGUAUGGAUUAUCUCAGGAUCUUUUGAAUGGGAAUAGAGAUUGUGAGAUUUCGAACUCAAAGUUCAUGAAGCAGAACCAAGGCUUGAAUUCUCCUAGGCUUUCUACAUGCACGCCUAGGCCAUCGGUAGAUAUUACAGGGAGACAGUCUUCGUUAUUGUCGCUUAAACAUUCUAACAUAUGGGAUGAAAAUGUUGCUGUUAGGAGCCAAUUGAGUAAUGCAUCAAAACGUGGAACUGAUAUUUGGAGAAAGACCCUUUCAGUUAAGAAUCCUCCUGAGAAGGAUCUUCAAAAUAGUAGCAGCAGCCGUCACUUGCGAAAUGCUAAUGCAGUGUCUUCUUCAUCUCCCUGUGCAAAUGUUAGACAAUUUACAGAUGGAAAGAACAGCAUUUUGAAACGUGUGUCCGGUUUCCUACGACAAGGUGAUGUCAAUACAGCAUACAUCGAAGCCUUGCGUUCUGGUGAUGAAGCUGUUCUGUUUGAACUUCUUGAUCAAACAGGGCCUGUUCUUGAAUGUUUGUCACCUAAAACUAUCAGCAAUAUCCUUCGCGUUUUGGCAUCAUUUCUCCCAGAGCAAAAGUUUAUACGCUGUAUAAUACCUUGGUUGCAGCAGGUAGUUGAUUUGAGCACAAUGCAUGGAGCAAAUUCUCUUGGUCUCUCAGCCAAAGAAAGACAAGAAUUUGUUCUUGCCAUCCAGGAGGCUUCAAAGAGUGAAUUUUCUAAUCCUGCAGAAACAAGACUUAUGACUCAGCUAGCAACAAAAUUGUGCUAUAUAUGGGGGCAAGGCUCGUGAUCGGAGGCGGUAGACGUAGAUCUCAAUGGCAAGGUCUUGUUUCCAAAGAUUCCCAGACUGGAUUUCAGGUAAGGGAGAUGGGAAGUUUGUACUUGUAGUUAUAGUCAUUUGUAGCUUCCAGAUUUUCUAUGGUUGUUCUUCUGCAAGUUGAUUUUUAGGCUGUGGCUGUAGCUGAAUUGGAAUGCAAUUUGUUCAUUGGUCUCCAAUCUUGAUAUAAGUUUGAAGUGCAUAUA